AUGGCCACCGCGUUAUUGAGUCGUCUUACCAGCAAGCUUCUCGCAGGAGUACACUCGAAUGCUCAGGUGUUGGAUAUCAAAAUCGGAAAACCACUUCUGCCACCAAAGCUGAUUCCUGGCCCCGACUUAAGCAACUGCCCCCAUACGGUGAUUAAGGUUGGGCUAUUAUCUUCGACCGAGUCGUGGGUAAUUGACACAGCAGGAUGCCAGUAUGGAUUCCGAGAGGUUCUGGUUCCGUCUAAUAAGUACAUUGCAGACAAGGCCUGCCAAGUAGAAGGCGCGCCCACGCCCUACAAUUGGACCGAAACGAAAGACCUGGACUAUUUCUCUACCCUGCCUCUCAUGAACAGCUCACGAGCCCAGAAGCAGGACCGAGAGGUGGAGCGAAAGGCUCGGUUGCACUUUGCCGACUUCGUUGACAGACAUGUCAAUGCCAAUAUACUGGAUGGUUCUGCUUCGGAGUUUAGCAAUAAGGUCGCCAGUCUGGUUGACAGAUUGAAAAUACAUAUGCUGAGCUUUGCGGAGUCUCAAAAUGAAACUCGGGCAUGA